AGGCUGAAGCCAAGGGCGGGAGGGGGAGUGGUGGAGAAUUACCAGUCCAGAUGACGAGGGAGAGAGGCCUCAAGAGUCUGAGUAGUGCGUAAUGAUGCUGGUGCAGGAUGGAAACCACGCGACACACAUCGCAGUGUCCUCCGGAGACAGUCCAGUUCACCCGGGUGGUGCGUCGUUGCCGCGUUCUUGGAGAGACCCUCGGGAUUUCGGGUUACAUUACGCGCUGUUUUAACAGAGUCAAAUAUGACCGAGGACAGCGCCAACCACCUGACCGAUCAGCCACCUAGCCCCGGGGCUGGCAGCGUCGGACCCCCGUCCCACCACGGCUCAGACUCUGGACCCCCGAUACCUGCCGCGAAGUCCGACGGAACCGCGCCAAUUACGCACACAGCAGAGCGCUGUCCGGAGGGGGGCGAUCGGCGGGUCCCGACCUGUAUCCGCGACGCCGUGUCGCAGGUGCUGAAGGGGUACGACUGGUCGCUGGGGCCCAUGUGCGCCCCGCGGGGGGAGAGGGGCCAGAGGAGCCGGACGCAUGUGAAGCGGCCCAUGAACGCCUUCAUGGUUUGGGCGCAAGCCGCGCGCAGGACGCUGGGGGGGCAGCACCCUAACCUGCACAACGCGGAGCUCAGCAAGACCCUGGGGAGAGUCUGGCGCCUGCUCUCAGAGGGAGAGAAGGGCCCCUUCCUGGAGGAGGCCGAGCGUCUGCGGCUCAAACACCGGCGGGACCACCCGGACUACAAGUACCAGCCCCGCCGCCGCAAGACCGCCAGGACCGACCCGGACCCGGGGGCCGCCUCCAAGACCCCCAGGACCGCCCUGCACAGGAAGACCCCCCCGGAGAACCCCCCGCCGGGCCUGACCUCCUACAAGACGGAACCGGGACGGAGCGGACUGAGCGGGCUGGGAGACCCCCUGUUCUACUCAGACAGACACGGGCCGCCACUGGGGGGCCCUUUGACCCCGCCCACAACCCCUAAGAAGGAGCAGGCGUGGCCUUAUCCCGAGGACCCGCCCCGGCCCCUAGAGGCGGGCCCCGACGGCGCUGGGGGCCCGGGGCCUCUCGACUUCAGCCACCUGGACGUCUCCGAGCUGAGCGGCGACGUCAUCGGCUCCAUGGGGGAGGGCUUCGACGUCCGCGAGCUGGACAGGUACCUCCCCCCGCCGUACGGCCCCGGGCCCCCACCGGCCCCCCAGGACCCCGCUCCCGGGGCCCACGUCCUGCCCUCGUACGCCCAGUCCUUCCCUCUGAUCGACCCCUCCAGCUGGGCCCUGAAGGGGUCCAGGACACGCCCCUUCACCUCGUCUCCCUCCUCCUCCUCCUCCGCCACCGGAGACGGCGUCCCGGGCGGCGAGGGGCGGGGCGGUGCGCCGAGGGGGCGGAGCAUCAAGACGGAGCCGAUGAGCCCGGAGCACUGCUCCUCCUCCUCCUCCUCCUCUCUGGUUUCCCUGCCACCCCCACUGCCACACACCUCCCUAUCCACCUCCACCUUCACCUCCUACACCUCCUCCACUUACUCCUCUUUGUUUUCCCUACAACCCUCAUCACCGCACGCCUCCCUCUCCUCCUCCUCCUCCUCCACCUCCUCCACCUCCUCCUCCUCCUCCACCUCCUGCAGACCGCAUGAGCCCACCGAGCUGCAGAGCUCCACGGGGGGUCUCUACAGCGCCCGGGUCGGUCCCUGGACCCCCGCAGGGCUGUACCCCCACCACCAGCACCACCCCUUGUUCCAAACCCCGUUGCCGCGGGGGCCGUACGCUGUUGCCGCGACGACGAGGACGGCGGCAGAGGAAUCCGCAUUCGGCGGCCCUGCAUCGACGUCCUGGGAGCCGCCCUCAGCGGCGGUCUAUUCCUCGCUCCCCCCCCCCCCGUGA